UUGUCUCUCAACAUGUCACAAGUGUUUGAUGCACUUGGGGGAAUGAAUUUCCCAAUCUCUGGACGAAGUGGUUAAUCCUUAAAUUCGGACUUGGAGAGACGCAAAGCCUGGGUCUAAGCAGGAUAACCGCCCGCCCGGGGAAAUGCCUACAUACUGUAUACUAAACGCGCCCCAUAUUCACUCCAGUUGCACUAACCGGAACCUUCAGGUUGCUACUCCCGUUUCCGGAGGGAGGGAAAGAAGAACGGAGGAUUUACCAAGUCAGACGAGGAUGACACGGCAUGGCAAGAACUGCACAGCAGGAGCCGUCUACACCUACCACGAGAAGAAGAAGGACACAGCGGCCUCGGGCUACGGGACCCAGAACAUUCGACUGAGCCGGGAUGCUGUCAAGGACUUUGACUGCUGCUGCCUCUCUCUGCAGCCCUGUCAUGACCCUGUUGUCACCCCGGAUGGCUACCUAUAUGAGCGGGAGGCAAUCCUGGAGUACAUUUUGCACCAGAAGAAGGAGAUCGCCAGGCAGAUGAAGGCCUACGAGAAGCAGCGGGGGGCCCGGCGGGAGGAGCAGAAAGAGCUGCAGCGGGCUGCGGCCCAGGACCAGGUGCGGGGCUUCCUGGAGAAGGAGGCAGCCAUCGUAAGCCGGCCCCUCAACCCCUUCACGCCCAAGGCAGCCUCUGGGAACAGCCCAGAUGAUGCCCGACCUGGGUCCAGUGCAGGCCCCACAAGCAAGGACAAGGACAAAGCGCUGCCCAGCUUCUGGAUCCCGUCGCUGACCCCCGAGGCCAAGGCCACCAAGCUGGAGAAGCCUUCGCGCAUCGUGACCUGCCCUAUGUCCGGGAAGCCACUGCGCAUGUCGGACCUGACCCCCGUGCGCUUCACGCUGCUCGACAGCUCCGUGGACCGCGUGGGGCUCAUCACACGCAGUGAGCGCUACGUGUGCGCCGUGACCCGCGACAGCCUGAGCAACGCCACGCCUUGCGCUGUGCUGCGGCCCUCUGGGGCUGUGGUCACCCUGGAGUGCGUGGAGAAGCUGAUUCGGAAAGACAUGGUAGACCCCGUGAAUGGGGAGAAGCUGACAGACCGCGACAUCAUUGUGCUGCAACGGGGCGGUACAGGCUUCGCGGGCUCUGGAGUGAAGCUGCAGGCUGAGAAGUCGAGGCCGGUGAUGCAGGCCUGAGUGCACGGGAGACCAAAUAAACGGGCUGGGACUCACUGGCCUCGUGGUGCCUUCCUUGGCUGCGCUGGAGCCCUAGGGCCCCCCCUGGGCAGCCCUCCACCCUGUGCCUGCUGCAAGACCAGAAUCUGAAGGCGCGGGCUAAUUAUGUUAAAGGUGGUCUGACGUUAGGAGUAAAACCUGGAGUGAAUGCACACGCACAGCAUCAAUAUUGAGUAAGAGUGGCCCGAAGUCCCAGUGCAAAGCGUGAGCACCCAAAGGCGUCACGUGAACAGGCUAAAUAGAAAUCCCCCUGCAUCGUUCUGCCUUAGCCACACUGGAAGCCGGUGAGAUCUCUCCGAUAGCCUCUCUGAAAGCCGUGUGCUGAGAGCAAACCCGUGGGACCCAGCCUAGAGAAGGCAGUUGGGAGCCCUGCACUCUGACACCACUGCAGAGGCCAAGAGCAGGAAGAAGGCCCUCCUGCCGAGCCUUGCAUAGGCUGUGGGGGGCACGGACCUGGCAGGGGUGAGGAACGCAGCCUGCAAGGGUGAGGAAGCUGCAGAGUGUGGGGCCUGGCCGGCCUGCAGUUGGCUUGGGGGGAGCACAGGGGUGGUGCUCAGAGCUUUGCUUUUAAUGACCAUUGGCUCCCAAAAGCAACCCCGGGCAGUGUGUGAGCCAGAGCAUAGAGUCGGGCAGAGAUCAGAAAGAUCAAGCCUUCACAUUCCUGUCUCCCUGAGCAGAUCCUUCCAGAUCUUUCUCCACGUAGGUACACACCUCAGUGUUUUCAACCAACGUGACCUCUCAGUGCACAUACCAUUCUGUUCAGUGAACAAGCUCGACCUUUUCACUUCUGUAAAAGUAAAAGGUCUCAUCUAAUGCCCAGACCCAAUUCAGGGGACCAGGAAGUAUCCUUCACUGCCCUUUGCUGAAGCUCCUCUGGCUGUAGAGGAAGGCUGUAGCAGGAGGGUGGGCAGUGUCGUCCUUGCACCCUGGGGAGCCCCACACACCCAGAAUUUGCUCUCUUAAACACUUCUAGAACCUUCCUUUGUCCCUAAGGCCUCAUACCCUACUCUUGGGACCCCAAUCCCUGGAAAUGUUGCAGCUGCCAUUCAAGGAGCCCAUUCAAGGGCCUGUCAAUCUACGGUUCUCUUGAGUCCUGGCCACAGUCCUGGAAGAGGGACGUUUGUACCCAUUUCACAGAAGAGCUCACAGAGUCAGCAGUCUGCCCAAAGCUGUAACAGAAGCCAAGUUCACUUAGAAGUCAUCCACCUGCGGAGACCUCCCCACCUCAGCCCUUCCUCCCCUAGGUAAUCCCACACUGGUACCCCAGAAACCUCUGCCCCUUAACAAACUCCCACCUAACAGUUUCUACCCAGAGUAUUUAAAGUCACCCCCUUGGUCCCUAAAUGCCCCCAUCCUCAACCUCUUAAGAGCCACAACCACCCCUAGGUCCUUCCAGUUCUCUCUCAGCCCCCUCAGGGACUCCAGUCUUGCUCAUGUGUAUUCAGACCAUACCCCAAAUAAAAGCUUCAAGGAGUGAUUGGGGCACCUGGGUGGCUCAGUGGGUUAAGCCUCUGCUUUCGGCUCAGUUCAUGAUCCCAGGGUCCUGGGAUCGAGCCCUGAAUUGGGCUCUCUGCUCAGCAGGAAGCCGGUUUCCCCUUCUCUCUCUGCCUGCCUCUCUGCCUACUUGUGGUCUCUCUCUCUCUGUGUCAAAUAAAUAAAAUCUUUAAAAAAAUUAAAAAAGUAAAAACUUAAA